GUACAGAAGAAGGAAAGAUCGAGAGAGGAGAGACCAGAGAGAUAAUGAUUGCAACCUCCUGUUCUCCAUUAAGAUACGAGCAGACCCUGGGCAAUUAAUACAGCACAUAAACAGCAAAAACAAAAACACAUUGCGGGAAACAUGAUCAAAUGUGGUUUCCCAAAUGGGAAUAAGAAGGAUCUCCACACAAGGCUAUGAGUCCAUCAGACCUUCCUCCAUCAUUAAAAUUCUGUAAUUACACACCUGCCGCCACCAAGACCACCACCUGCUAUCUCCAGAUGUCCCAGGAAACAUGGGUAGUGUCAGCAGUUUGAUAUCAGGCCAUAGCCUCCACAGCAAACACUGCAAAGCCUCUGAAAACAAAGUCAAAAAGGGGCUUCAGUCUAAGAAAACAGGCCGUAGCUUGGAUGGCCUUCUGAAGUAUGGCUUCUCUCAGGACCAUUGCAGCACCAACAGCUCAAAAGUCAGCUAUCAUUCAGGCAAAAAUGACGACUUCUUUUACAUCAAGGUCAGCAACAAGCCCCGAACUGCUAACAUUAAUACAGCUGAAGACAGUCAAGGAAGAACAACUGAGAUGGACAAUGAGGUGGACAGGAGAGGAGGGCCACCAGAAUUAGUUCCGCUGUCUGGAAAACUAGAAAAGAGUAAAGAGAAUGCUUUAAUUCGACCCACCGCCUUCAAACCCGUUCUUCCUCGAAGCAGCAGUUCCUCGGUGGAGACUCAUAACAACUUGAGCACUAUCCUGGGCAAGAGAAUUAGUCCUAUAGACAGGCUAAAAGAUCUUCAGGACCCCAAGCUGGAGACAAAUUCUGGUACCUUCUCUGACUCUGGAAGGAACUCUAUGUCCAGCCUGCCCACUCACAGCACCAGUGGCAGCAGCCAGAUGGACAACCUAAGCACAUCAAAUAACCACAUGGCACGCCAUGGAGGCCUUGCCCAAAACAUGGACACAUCUCAGAACCCACAGGGGGGUGUAGCAGGGACAAAUGGAAACUCUGGAUCCAGUUGGAUGUGUAGUGGGACUAACGGUGGAAACGGGUGGGCCAAUGGAUUUUGUGAAACAAACAGAAACAGUGAGUCGACGAAUGGCAGUACGAGAUCUAUUGGUGUCCUAAGCGAAAGUGUGGCGGCAGCAAUAAGUAUGAACAGAGAAAUAACUGCUGCAGUGCUGACCGUUUCAUCCACCGAGCCAAAGAUGGAUUUCUCUGGAAACCAAGAACUGCUUCUGGAACAUAGAUUUACAAUUUCAGAGCAAAGCCCGACAAAACCAUCAUCUUCUGGGGGCUGUGUCCGAUCACCAAUUUCGAUGGAUGAAUCACUGAUACAGCAGCUGGAGCAGAAACUUCUAGAACGUGAAACCGAGCUGGUGGAGUUACAAACGAGCCUUGAUGAGAAGGAGUCAGACACAUGUCAUCUAUUUGAGGAGAAGCAACGGUACUGUGCUGAGGAGAUGGAGGGGUUGAAACAACGCUGUUCUACAAAACUCCGUCAAGUGUCUCAGAGGGCUUUGAGAGCCCAACAGUUAUUGCAGCUUCAGGUGAUACAACUUCAACAGGACAAGGAACGUCUGCAGGAGGAGGUGGACCAGCUUAAUCGUGACCGGGACACUGCAGAAAGCCGCCUCCGAAUCUAUGAGAGCCAGAAAAACCUAGUACCCACUCUAGAAGAGACUCAGUGGGAGGUGUGCCAGAAGUCAGGUGAGAUUUCUCUGCUAAAGCAGCAACUUAGGGACUCCCAGGCCGAUGUUGGAAACAAACUCAGUGAGAUUGUCAGUCUCAAAUCCUCUCUGAAGGAGUCCAGAUGCAAGCUGGAAGAACUGGAAAAGAAGAUCAAGGAGUAUGAGGGAGCACUUCACCAGCGGAGCGCUGAGGUUGAGGUAUCUAAAAAUGAGUUUCAAAGAAAGAAGAAUGAAGCUGACCUCCUCAGGGAGAAGGUGAACAUGCUGGAAACGGACAUCAAGGGCAUGAAGCAGGACUUAGCAAUGGCCAAAGAGGAGCAACAACAGCUAAUGACCAUGAGAGCCAAAGUUGAGGAGCAACAGCUGCAACUGCAGAUAAGCCAAGCCCGGAUGGAGGCCUUUGGGACUGGUCAAGCCAAAUCGAAAGCCCAGGAUGGAACAAGUGCCAGUAAAACACUGAAUCAUAAUGGAGGGACUGCAGACUUGGAUGCCCUACAGAAGGAGGUAGAGAGGCUGAGAGGGGAACUGAAGGAAGAGAAGCAAAAGAAACAUAAGAUGAUGAAUAGCUUCCAGCAGGAGAGACAAACGUGGAAUAAAGAGAAAGACAAAGUAAUCAGAUACCAAAAGCAGUUGCAGUACAAUUACCUACAGAUGUACAGAAAGAACAAGGACCUGGAGAAGAUUCUGAGGGAGCUAACGGCUGAGAUGGACAGUCGGACAGAGAUGGACAUGGACAGCCAUAGCUCUGACCUGAACUUUGAAAAAAUUGUAGCCACAGAGAUAUGAGGUCAUAGGAUGAAUGUUUUCACAAUUAACCGAAUGGUCUUAAAAGGGUGAAUCUACUAGUGGGUGGAAUUUACAAAGCAAAAUUUAAAGGGAAGAAACAUGAUGUCACAGGAGAUUUUAAGAUGUCAUGAGAUGCUCGAAACUCAAGAGUAUAGCAUCACUUGUACAUACCACCAAAAGCUUUUCUCCUUUUAGAUCUACCACUUAACUUAAAAUCUUAGGAUGUCAUCCAUGUGCAUUUCUGAAUAAGUUCCUAUUAAAUGUGCAGUAAGCUAUUUUGUUUAUUAGAAUUACACUCUUACUUAAGAUAUCUCACUGAAUUAGUGUUCCAUCAGUAACCAUCACAUCUGUCUCUGUGGCAGCCGUAAAUUCUGUAAACUCCAAAUAAUUGACCACGGUCAGAUUCUUUGUUUAGCCAUUUAAGCAUUUUCUGCCUGUCAGUCAUUUUGUGCAUUCAUAGGGCAGCCAGUAAAUAGGAAGCAGGUGUCUUAAAAAUGCGUGGCAGUUGAGACUUGAAUAAUUUAACUUAAACUAUUAACCAUAUUAAGUUUCAUAAGCAGUUGACAGUUGUUGGUUCGUCAUGCAAGGAUACUAUUUUGUUAGCAUUUAGCUUUGCAACAAUGAGAUGUGCUACUGUUUUCCUGCUAAUCUCUGAAUACAAUGGUAAGGGUUAUAGAAUGUGUGUGCAAGUCUAAUUGAGAGAUUCUUUUUGCAGAAGUUUCAGAAUGGCUAACAUUGCUUACAGCACCUUUAAUCUGUGCACAUCCAACCAAAUGCUUACCUCCCUCUAAUCCAAACAAUCCAGCUCUUCUUGCCUAAACCUCAAGCAGUUGUACAUUCUCACUACAGGGUGACAAAGUGAUAUGAAUAUUUUAUUUGCUGUAAUUGCUAGUUUUGCACUCUCUCUUCCUUUUUAUAUGACAAGAAUCUUUAUCACCAGUGUCUUGGCAGACAGGCUCAUAGAAACAAUCUGUGUACAGGAAUAUAGUAGCUCAUACAGUGAGAUUAUGUCAUGUUGAAUGCAAAUGCUCUGUUCACAAAUGUCCAGACACAUAUUUCAUUGUUAAUCUAAAGUAUUUCACAAUUCCUUCGCAUCUUUUUAACAGUACUAUACUAUCAACUUUGAAGCCUAGACAUUGUACAGUUUUUGUUAGAAAUUUUAAAGUACAGUCAAGUCACUUUCACUCGCAGACACAUGUGUGGGACAAAAAGGGUUAAUAAAAAAAAACACACACACACACAUUUGUACUACAGGAAUAUAUCAUUUUGAAAU